GCUGUGGGGCAGGCCGCUAUGGGGCAGGCUGCUAUGGGGCAGGCCGCUAUGGGGCAGGCCGCUAUGGGGCAGGCCGCCCCUCCCCCAGCCAAGAGCGCGGCGCAGCUGAAGAAGGAGGCGAAAAAACGGGAGAAACUGGAGAAAUUCCAACAGAAACAGGAAAAGAUCCGGGAGCAGCAGGCUCCGCCCUCCCGCCGGCAGCGCCGCCCCCCUGGGGUAGUGACCUAUGACCUCGAGACCCCCCCGGGGCAGAAGAAAGAUGUGUCGGUGCCGCUGCCCCCCUCCUACAGCCCCCGCUAUGUGGAGGCCGCCUGGUACAGCUGGUGGGAGCAGCAGGGCUUCUUCAAGCCCGAGUACGGGCGGAGCCGCGUCUCGGAGCCCAACCCUCGGGGGGUGUUCAUGAUGUGCGUGCCCCCCCCCAACGUCACCGGAGCGCUGCACCUGGGCCACGCGCUCACCAGCGCCAUCCAGGACAGCCUCGCGCGCUGGCACCGCAUGCGGGGGCUGACGACGCUCUGGAACCCGGGCUGCGACCACGCCGGCAUCGCCACGCAGGUGGUGGUGGAGCGGCGGCUCUGGCGCACGCGGGGCCUCACGCGGCACCAGCUGGGGCGGCAGCGCUUCCUGCAGGAGGUGUGGGCCUGGAAGCAAGAGAAGGGUGACCGCAUCUACCAGCAGCUCCGGCAGUUGGGGGCCUCCAUGGACUGGGACCGGGCCUGUUUCACCAUGGACCCCAAGAUGAGCCGCGCCGUGUGCGAGGCCUUCGUGCGGCUGCACGAGCAGGGCCUCAUUUACCGCAGCACCCGCCUGGUGCACUGGAGCUGCGCCCUGCGCUCGGCCAUAUCCGACAUCGAGGUAGAGAAGCGGGAGCUCUCGGGCCGGACGCUGCUGCGGGUCCCGGGCUAUGAGGAGCCGGUGGAGUUCGGGGUCCUGGUGGCCUUUGCCUACCCCCUGGAGGGCAGCGGGGAGGGGCAGGAGCAGGGGCAGGAGCUGGUGGUGGCCACGACGCGGCUGGAGACGAUGCUGGGGGAUGUGGCGGUGGCCGUGCACCCCGAGGACCCCCGGUACACGCACCUCCAUGGCCGCUUCGUCCUUCACCCAUUCACGGGCCAGAGGCUCCCGGUGCUGCACGACCCCUUCGUGGACCCCCAGUUCGGCACUGGCGCGGUCAAGGUCACCCCUGGGCACGACGCCACCGACUUCGAGGUGGGGCAGCGGCACCGGCUCCCGGCCCCCUGCAUCCUGGACGAUGAGGGGCGGCUGCGGGACGUGCCCCCCCCCUUCCUGGGGAUGCCGCGGUUCCAGGCCCGCACCGCGGUGCUGGAGGCACUGAAGGAGCUGGGGCUGUUCCGGGGGGUCACCGAGAACCCCAUGGUGGUGCCGCUGUGCAGCCGCUCCCGGGACGUGCUGGAGCCGGUCCUGCGCCCGCAGUGGUUCCUGCGCUGCUCUGCCCUGGCUGCGGCCGCUGCCGCCGUCGUGCGGGGGGGGGAGCUCCGCCUGCGGCCCCCGGGGCACGCCCGCACCUGGCUCCAGUGGAUGGACGGCAUCCGGGACUGGUGCAUCUCCCGCCAGCUCUGGUGGGGCCACCGCAUCCCCGCCUACUUCAUCACCAUCGAGGACCCCAGCGUCCCCCCCGGCAAGGACGGGGACGGGAGGUUCUGGGUGAGCGGCCGGACCGAGGAGGAGGCGCGAGAGAAGGCAGCGAAACGGUUCCGGGUGCCCCCAGAGAGAGUGACCCUGCAGCAGGAUGAGGACGUUCUGGACACUUGGUUCUCCUCCGGCCUCUUCCCCUUCUCCAUCUUCGGGUGGCCGGAGCCCAGCGAGGACCUGGACGUGUUCUACCCCGGGACGCUGCUGGAGACCGGGCACGACAUCCUCUUCUUCUGGGUGGCGCGGAUGGUGAUGCUGGGGCUGGCGCUGACCGGGCGGCUGCCCUUCCGCGAGGUUUACCUCCACGCCAUCGUGCGGGAUGCACACGGGAGGAAGAUGAGCAAAUCCCUGGGGAACGUCAUCGACCCCCUGGAUGUGAUCCAUGGGAUCUCCCUGCAGGGCCUGCAUGAGCAGUUGGAGAGCAGCAACCUGGAGCCUGCGGAGCUGGAGCGGGCGCGGGAGGGGCAGAAACGGGACUUCCCCAACGGGAUUCCAGAGUGCGGGACCGAUGCGCUGCGCUUUGCUCUGUGCGCAUACACGGCCCAGGGCCGGGACAUCAACCUGGACGUGAUGCGGGUGCUCGGGUACCGGCACUUCUGUAACAAGGUGUGGAACGGGGCCCGGUUCGUGCUGCAGGCGCUGGGGGGCAGCUACCGCCCCCCCCCUGACCUCCAGGUGCGGGGCCGGGCGGCCCUGGCUGAGCGCUGGGUGCGGAGCCGCCUGAGCCGCGCUGUGGGGGCCGUGGGCGCCGCCAUGGAGGAGUUGGACUUCCCCGGGGCCACCACGGCCGUGCACCGGUUCUGGGUGUAUGAGCUGUGCGACGUGUACCUGGAGUGCGUGAAGCCGGUUCUGGCUCGAGCAGCCGCUGCCUCGGACCCCGCAGGCGGGGGGGAACCUGAUGCCCCCCCCAUAGAUGCUGAUGGGGCCGCAGCGGAUGCAGCGGGUGCAGCGGAUGCAGCGGAUGCAGCGGGUGCAAUGCAUGCAGCGGAUGCAGCGGGUGCAAUGCAUGCAGCGGCUGCAGCGCUGGCGGUGCGGGACACGCUGCACACGUGCCUGGACGCGGGGCUCCGGCUCCUCGCCCCCUUCAUGCCCUUCCUGAGCGAGGAGCUGUGGCAGCGCCUGCCCCCCCCCGCGCCCCCCGCACCCCCACCAGCCCCCAGCAUCUGUGUCUGCCCCUUCCCCGAGCCCCAGCAGUACUGCUGGCAGGAUGAGGAGGCCGAGGCCGCCAUGGAGUUCACCCUCAGCAUCGUGCACGCCCUGCGCAGCCUCCGCAGCACCCACGGCAUCACCCGUGGGCGGCCCCCAUGCUUCCUGCAGGUCCCGGACCCAUCCUGGGCCGCCCUCGCGGGGCUCUGCACCCCCCACAUCCGUGUGCUGGGGGGGGUGGGGGCCGUGACCGUGCUGGGGGGGGCAGGGGGGGAGCGCCCCCCCCCGGGCUGUGCCGUGGCCGUGGCCUCCGAGCGCUGUUCCGUCCACCUGCUGCUCAAGGGCCUGGUAGAUGCUCCCAAGGAGCUGGGCAGGCUCGGGGCGCGCAGGCAGGAGCUGGCCCGGAGCAUGGAGCGGCUGCGGGAGCGCCGGGGGGGGCCGGGGUAUGUGGAGAAGGUGCCCCCCAGUGUGCAGGAGGCUGAGGCUGCCAAGUUGGCGCAAGCGGAGGCGGAGCUACAGAAGGUUCUGGAAGCUGAGGAGCUGAUGAGGAAGAUGCUGUGACCCCCCCUGUCCCCUCCCCCUCCCCCUCCCCCUCCCC